AUGACGACAUCAAACAGUAUGGGAAUAGAGAGUUCUAUCAGCCAGGUGACCCUUGAGAAGAAGACAAUAACGGCUUCAGUUUCAAACCAACAAACAGUUACUGUACCCAAUAAUCAUGUUCCAGAUGGGUCUGUUCCUUCUGUAUCAGUUAGCAUCAACCCAUUUGCAGCGAUCGCGGGGUUGCUGAUGCAGAGUCCUCAAGCUCAGAACAUCCUUGGAUUAAUAUUUGGCCAGAACAACACAGGUAAACUGGAGGAGUUGUUCAGAAACGUCACAUCAUCAACUGAAGUAGCGGAGUUGUUUGGAAACCUCACAUCUUCAGGUCAAGGUGGGCCCAGUCGAGAAGGACUGUCUAAGCUUUUAAACAACCCCUCAGUCCAAGCAGUUAUGGAGCAGGUAUUUCUGCAAGUUCAAAAUAUGCUGAAGUCGUUCGUCCCGAACAUUUCCCCGUCUCUGGACAAUAUCACGCCGGCUCAACUGUUUCAGGCUGUUAGUAAUAUGAUCAAUGGUUCAGGAACGGGCGGAAAUUCGAGCACUGGUGCAAUUAUGCAAGCGGUUAUGUCUGCUUUACCAUCAGUAUCAGGAUCUCUGAGUGCAGCUCUGAAGAAUUUCGGCGUUAACGUUAAUGCCACCUACGUCAUGGAACAGAUUUCAGAACUUGUGCCUGUAUUCCGCGAGCAAGGCAACGUCACUGCACUCCAAGAGCUUGCUGCCAAUGCAACUGGGCCUGUUGGCAUGUUGUUGGAUGUCUUACCUUUGGCCAUCAAUCUUGGACAGAUGAUGAAACCAGAAAUGGUUUCAAAUGAGAAUUUAUGUCUGGCUGAUUUCAGUGCCUUUGUCCAGGGUCUUCUUUCGAAGCAGAUGUGGGCCCUUCGAAUGUUGGAUGCAUCUGGGAAGCCAGGUACAAGUAUCUUGGAAGGCGCUGUGCAGUUCAUCGGGAACUAUGAUGAGUGUAGGGAGAUCUCGGCGACUCUCAACACCACGGUACCCCGUGUUGUACAUGGGGAGUACUGGGAAUUGACGUUCGCCUUUCCGAAGUUAUUGGGAGCGUUUAUGGGAGGAUCUCUGAUAGUGAGUUGUGACAGCAUACCUUUAGAAUGGCUUGGCACCGAGUUAAUAUCCGCUUCUCCAAGUACCACUGAUGACUGGAAGGAGGAUGCAAGCGCCAUUGCAGCAGUGGUUAUUUUAGUCCUGAUUGCUUCGUUAUCGGUGAUCGGAACAUGCUACGACGUGGUGUCUGGGUGGCUGGCCCUACGGAAAGCAAACAGAGACGAUGAAGAGGAGUUUGUGGACGGAUUUAAAGAAUCCAAGGCUUUCGUCUCCGAGGACGGCAACCGCAUCUGGCGCCUUAGUAACGGCAUCUCGAUGGUAGCAAUGAAUGGCAGGAGGGUGUACCCCAUGGAAGAAGACGGGGACCAGAUGACCACAGUGAUGGGUGGCGGUGACGGGGGGCACCUGCAGGAAGAGGACAGUGAUGAUGAUGAGAGACCACACACAUUCAACACCACUUACAAUGACAGCUUUGGUCGUCAACUGUUGUUGGCCUUCUCCAUCACACGGAACGCGGAGAAGAUACUCAGCAGCGCAUCAGUGGAGGGCAAUCUUGGCUGCAUCCAUGGCAUCCGGGUCCUCAGUAUGGCAUGGGUCAUCCUCGGACACAGUUUGUCAAGGGCAACAUUUAACACAGCUGAGAACUUGGUUGACUUCCUGGACAGGAUCAAAGACUUUACCAUGCAGGCUGUAAUCAACGGUCCGCUCUCAGUGGACACCUUCUUCCUCCUGAGCGGCUGUUUGGUCUGUUAUUUGUUCCUGAAAGAGUCCAAGAAGUCAAUCACAGGGAGACCAACCGUAAAGCAAAUGGUGUUAUACUACGUUCACCGAUACUGGAGACUGACCCCAGUUUACAUGAUCUUUAUCAUGGCGUAUACAGGGUUAUUGCGCCACCUCGUGGAAGGGCCUUUGCCAACUGCUGACAAACUGAAACACUCAGACUACUGCCGCUCAAACUGGUGGACUAAUUUACUGUACAUUAACAACAUCUACAAGAAUGACGAAAUGUGUCUCGGGUGGUCUUGGUUUCUGGCCAAUGACAUGCAGUUCCAUGUUGUGGCCCCUUUGGCGCUUCUUCCAAUUGCUUUUGGACUAGAUGCUCUGGGAAUAAUUGUGAUGUUUGCGUUCCUAGUGAUCCAUAUAUCUACAUUCGGAUAUUUUGAAUAUCAUCUCAAAGGAGCAACUAUUACGCUGCACCACUCUGACUAUUCCAAGUACAUAUACGCUGUACCUUGGUGUAGAGUUGGAGUAUUUGGAAUCGGCUUGUUCCUUGGAUACGUUCUUCAUAAAACCAAGUGCAAAGUCAAAUUACCAAGGUUCGUCCUUGUCCUUGGAUGGCAGCUGGCCCUGGCUAUUGGCCUGAUGUGCGCAUAUUUCCCUUACGAUGACUGGAAGGAUGGCAUUCCUGACUGGGAUCUGAACACAACAAUCAUCUUUACAACCUUGUCCAGACCCGGAUGGGCGGUAUUCGUGUCUUGGAUUAUAUUUGUGUGCUGUACAGGAAAUGGAGGUGUGGUCAACAGGCUAUUGUCGUGGGGUGUGUGGAUACCGCUAGGAAGACUUACCUACGGGGCCUAUCUCAUCCACCCUGCACUCUUAGCGUACACCACGUUCUCUACGAGGACACUGGUGUACUUCAACAUAGUACACUUCAGUUAUAACUUCAUUGGGACAUUUGUUGUGUCUUACGGCCUGGCCUUCAUCUUAUGUGUGUUGGUGGAGUCGCCGUGUGUGGGGCUGGAGAAGGCGGUGUUGACGAAGAUGAAACUGAAAAGAAGUUGA